UGAACAUGUAGCAUCUACCUAACGUCAUAGUAACAUCUCUAAAAUUUAUCUCACAUCGCUAACAACCCUUAUACUAAAAAUAAACAAACACAACCAUACACACAAAAGCACUAUAUAUAUCAAGCGCGCAUCGAUCCAACCUUCAGUUAUUUCAUGAAGUUCUUGUGCUACGCAUGACAGUCAAUCUUACAAUACUUAAGCACGCAUCGAUCGAACCUUCAGUUAUUUCUUGAAGUUCUUGUGCUACGCACGUCAGGGAAUCUUUAUUUAUGCCUUGAGGUCUUGUUAAAAAUUUAUAGUCGUAAUGGAAGAUUUUGAGCGUCGCCAACAGAGGGAACGUGAAAAACAUAAGCGUCAGCAAGUGCAAAGUGUCGGCCGUGAGCAUGCCCUUUUUCCCGAACCGCGAAGAGUGAACCCGUCCGAGGUAGAUGACGAUAUCACCGCCAAACUGGGCGAUCAUUCUAAAGCCAUUGAAUUUAUGACUACGGAAGGAGUUGGUGUACAACCGUCCUCCAACAAUGCCUUGCUGGCUAGUCAUAUACAAACAAGUGCCUCCUCCUCAGCUGGCGGCAAUAAUAUCGGUAACGUCUCCAUGUCCACCAAUUUAUUGCCCCCUUCGCAUCGCUCGUUGGCUGGACCAGCCGGUUCGCAGACUCUUCAGCAGACAACACAACAAACUCAUCACUACCAGCAACCACUACGCCAACAAUCAUAUCUAAAGCAGUCUGAUAAUAAGCCACCAUAUAACGGACGAGGAAGUUAUUCUAACCAGCCGGUGAAAAAUGAUUUACGACCUAGCAGUGGAAUGGCGCCGCCAAAGGGUCCACCACCUUUACUACCACCACCGUCUGGCACUAUAUGUGGCAGCAGUUCAAGUUCAACAAGUUUGCUACCACCGCCAUCGAAUGGCUAUUUGGGACCUCCCAAAUCGACAGCUCCUCUACACAAUGGAAGAUUUCCCAAACCAUUGCCGAAGUCAAUAAAUGACAUAAUCUCCAAAGUUGAUCAAACUUAUCGCGCUCCUGAGCAAAUUACUAAAAUAGCCGCAACGCCCCGCACAAGUAUAGCUGAUUACAAUCUGAAUGGGCCUAAUCGCCAUAAAUAUUCGGUUGGGCCGGUACAACCAAUUUUGGGUUCGCCACCUUCCGGAGCGGAUUUAUUGCAGAGCGCAGUUCCACUACCCAUAACACCAAUCUCUGCUCUACCCGCAACCCCAAAUCCUCAGAUUAUAUCAAACGCUUGUGGGAUAACAAGUAGCGGUAUGUCAACAAUAAUGCCCAAUGCUAAUCAACCGACUGCUGUUGUCUCAGCGGUGCUAAAUUCACCACUUGUGACAACAGCGGUUAGACAAGGUUUGAUGAUGCCUAAGGAACCUUUGAAACCACUGUUGGAACAAGUUGGGCCACUGUUAGAAAAACAGAACUCUACGUUGGAAAACGAUUUGGAGCUUUCAGAAUCGGAUGAUGACCGACGAAAACAGAGUCGUUCAGUUCACAAUUCCAGUGAUAGUUCACAAUCAGAUUCUAGUGAAUCAGGCAGUGAAGAAUCUUCUAAGAGUGAAACCCAACGAUCGACACAUUCAUCGCUUCAGCAACAGACCUCUAUACAUCAUCAAAACCCGCUUUCGCAUAAUUCUCUUCAGCAGCAGCACCAACAGUCACAUUUAGUGCAACAAAUUGCUCAAACAGUUGGACGUUCAGUUGCAAGUAAAGUCGUAAAUGAUAAAUCCAAAAUGAUGGAGCCUCUUGGAGGUAGUCGUUCAAAUAUUUAUCUAAACACUAAUGCGCUGGGUUCGGCGGGCUCUUCUAGUUCAGGGCCAAGUUCUACAUCAUCAUCGUCAAAUAAAACUCCUUCGCCUUCAGAUUCGAGUAAAUGGCAUUUGAGUCGAUAUUUUAAUAAAAAGCCUGCCCAAUCACAAAAUGUCACUACACCACCAGCAAAUUCGUUAGUUGUAAAUUCAAUUAAUGUAAGCAUGGAUGAACCGACUCUAUUACCAGGUGGUGCCCAAAUAAUACCCGAAGCUACACAACCCCAAUUAAACCCUACGAUCGUGAAGCAUGAAAACUCCAAUUAUGGAGUAGCGAAAAAGUUCUCAUCGCGAAGUGAUGAUGACGAUGAUGAAACUACUAAUCUGCGUAACUGCGAAGCACGCAGCGUUUUGUCAAAUUCGAGUGGCGUAAAAACUCAUAUGACUGGAGGUGUGUCCACGUUUAUAAAUGAAAUAAAGAAAGAAGCGGAUGUUCUUUAUCCAAGCUCAUUGAAAGCUUCUACCUCUAAUACAACUCAGGCACAUGCCCAUGUUUCAUCUCAGCAACAGCAAACUCAGGUACCUCUGUUAAAUGCCGCUGAAUUUGUUGCAAUACCAACGAGCCAAAUAAAACAUGAAGUUCCUGGCUUGUCAACAGUUGCAACAUCAACUAUUGCACCGAUGUCUCUUGCGGGUGGUACUACCACUGUGACACCUUACAAUUCUUCUACCGUUAAAGUUAGUGGAAAUGGACAUAGGCGUACGCCUUCAGCAUCGCCACAUAUGCGUAACAGUGUUGCAACGGGUAACGUGCAAAGACGUAUUGAUAAAUUAUCAGCACCAUCCAGUGAUGGAGCGACUUCGAAUAGUAGUGAUGAUGAAGAUGCGCUGACAACAUCUACUAGGUCUACCGUACCAACAUUAGGCCCAGGUGGCACAUUAAAAAUUCCUGGUGUUCCCGCAGCUAUUACCGCUCUGCCGCCAUCAACGUCACAACCAUUGGCAUCAGCGCCCACACUCCCGAAUUCAAUAACGGUAUUACCUAUCAAUCCAUUAACAAAGACAACACCUUCGCUUAGACGAAAAAAACCUCGGAAUUCGGUAGCUACUAUAACAACGCAAUUAGACACUAGUGACGAAGAAGAUAUGGUAUCGAUGGCGUCAGAUUUUAAAAGUGGAGGUGUGACAGUAAGCCCAACAGAGUUGCGAGCUGUAGCUGGUGCAGGCGGAAAGUUAUACUCUGAACCAAUGCCCGUAGUGCCUGCAAAAAAGGGACCAGGUCGACCAAGGAAAACUGCAGGCAGUGGAAAAAAACCCAACACUACUACGAUUGCGCCCGCUUCGAAGGGUCCGAAACUAACAGCUAACAAGGAUGUUAAUAGUAGUGCUGUGGUUGGUAAAAAGACUACAGCGAAGCGAAGAGCUUCACGUCAAAACUCAAAUUCGACUGGCAUCAACCCUAUGAAACCACACUCUCAACCUACACAAUCGGCACUGCCAUGUGCUCCAAUUAUUGAUUCAUCUUCAUCGGGAUCGAUGUCAUAUUCAACAUCGAAGUCAUCUAGUUCAUCUUCUUCGGAAACAGAAUGUGAAGAUGGCAUUAUAAGCGGUUCAUCAUCAGGUGAUGAUAAUAAAAUGAAAGGUGCGGGCGCUACAAAAACAAAACGCAAUCUAUCGGCGCGAAAAACUGCAGCAGCGGUAACCCCAUCGACAGCAUGCUCAGUUACAGCGAAUACAUUGCCUGCUUCUACUAGUCGCAUUAUAGUUCAAUUAAACAGACGUAAAUCGUCCCAUGAUGAUGCCCCACCAAUUGCAAUAUCGUCAGUAAACACCAGUGGUUCGUCCAAAGUGGCAAAUAGUGGAAAGCGAAAGCGAUCAACGUCACAUUUCAUUAAUGCCGAUGAGGAGGCUGACAGUGAUGACGAUUCAUCAGAUUCCGGAUCUUGUUCGUAUGGCAGUUCCGUGAAGAAUUAUAAUGCAGGUACAACGACAGCUAAUUCCAUAACACAGGGCGGCAAUACCAGUGGCGGCAGCUCGCAUCGUUCUCAGAAUUUGCAAUCGCCAUAUAAAGUGCCCAUUCCAGCGGCGCCUGUGUCUAGUUCGACUUCCAGCUCAAGUAGCGUGUCAUCCUCGUCAUCGAGCAGCAGUGGGGAUGAGCAUUUUGAUACAGAACCUACCGCAUCCGUUAGUAAUCGAGGCAAAAGUAAGCACAGUAAAACUGGAACUAAAGUUACUACUAACGUCAGCUCCAGUUCCAACAGUUCACGACUGCGUCGUGACAAUCCAAAACCAAGCGAUAAGAAUAAAAAUGUCACGCUUACGCGUAUUUUUAAUCCAAAAGAAGGUGGUGCCAAAAAGCAAGGUCAGGUGAUGGUCAUUGACGAGCAGCAGCAACAAAAGUUGAUAUCUCCCAAUGCCUCUGGGUAUAGAACUACCGUUACUCCGAGCUCAACGCUAUCUGCCAGUCAAGAGAAUCUCGUUGCAGCCGCCUCACUUGUUAAUUCACAAUCACCUAGACUUACUCCCGGACAUAUUAAAUCACCGCGCACAUUGCCUCAACCUGCAGGAGUCGGGUCGCAUCGUACACCGGAUCGAAGUAGUAGAAAUAGUGCUGAACGUAAAGUGCAACAGCAGCGCAUUAGGACACCAUCUUGUACACCUACUCGCACUCCUCCUAUGACUCGCACGCCAACUCCCACACCAGCAUCGCUUCUGUCGGCACCAACAGCUUCACCUAUGAGGAACACAGCAACUAUAUUGCCCAAUGUCCCAACCCUUAUAUGUAAAGUUGAUUUAUCUCGACUUCAACGUAUUUUACCGGAAUGGCGUACAAACACUUAUAGGCUUUCUAAUCCUAGUAUGCCCCGUUGUGCUCAACAUGAAGCGAUAUUAAAUGCUGAUCUGCAAGCAACUUCUGCCAUAACCGGUUAUAGCGGAAGUGUUGGCGCAUACAAUAGCGGCAACAGAACACCCACAACACCAACAUGUCCACCAGAAAGAGAAUUAUCGCGUUCCAGGGAAUGCUUGGUUGGAAUUGGUGGUAGCGGAAGCAAGCAAAGACUGAACACAAUGCAUUCAACUGGCCGUCUGAGCAAUCGUUCCACAGAUGGUGAUGACACAACCCCCAAACAGCAGUCUCAACUUACGCCAAAUGGUUACAACUCAAUUGCGAAUGUGUGUAAUAGUUCGCCCUCUACUAAGCAAUUAUUAAAACAUGAGCAGUUAAUCAAAAAUGAACCAGGUUCGGAGAUAGACAGUGGAUCUAUGUCCUCACAACAGAAAACGGAUGCCUACUGCAGUGAAACCAAGUUUAAAACAAGUGGCUCAGUUAAACAGGAGCUUAUGCAACUUAAGCAGGAUUGUAAGCCUGGUUUACCUCCACAAAUUGGUUUUAUAUCAGCUGAUAAGGAUGAUGAUCGGCCUGAUGCAUCGCCAAACUCACAGCAGAUGCAAAUAAAUGAUAUAACUGAGCCAAAGUCGCAACGACGCAAACGCAGCGCUAGCUCGAGUCCGUAUAAAGACAAAAAGCGGAAAAAAGAGAAAACUGACAAGUAUUCCAAAGAUAGUAAAGAUGGUAAGGAGGGGAAGGAAAUUGAUGUCGGUAGUGGCACACUUUUAACUAUGCAAGAUAAAGAAAAGGACAUGGGCAAAUCGAUAACCGCUUUGGCAGCUAUUGAACGUGAUAUAGGUAGUAACGCUAUUGGUAGUGGACAUACUGGUGCCAAUGAUACGAGUCGCCGUGCAAUUGCUAUAAUUCCGCCACUUGGAAUGAAUAAUGGGCAAAUGGAGAAGGAUCAUCAACUCAUGGAGAAUCGGCAGUUAGCUCCUACCAACCACGACCGAUUACUGGUGGUGCGUCAAAUUCAGCAGCAACAGCAACAUCAUAUUUCCAACACUACUGUUUUGAACUCUUCACAAAACCUAGCGAACACGCAAACGGCAAACAAUAAUUUAAAUACAACAAUAACUGCAGAUAUUGCUACCAGUAAUAUAGUGUCGCCUGAAAAUCUAACCGCACCACUGGCACCACCGCCGCAAGUAAUAUACCGAUCGUAUUUUGAACGCGAUGAUGAUGGACUCUGUGAUGAUAUUAGCAAAAAUUCGCAAUUCCUCCAGGAGGCAGUUACGCGAAAACACGCUGCCGAUAAGGAACAAAAUCUAUUCAAUCAAGUAACGCUGUAUUUGGAAGCAGUUACGUAUUUUAUACUAUCUGGUGCCGUGUUAGAACGGCAUCGUAAUUCGGAAGACGCCAGUUGGGUUAUGUACAAGGAUACACUAAAUUUAAUUAAGUUUAUUUCAUCGAAGAUUAAGCAUUUGCAAGUUUCGUCUACAUCUAAUGAACUUCAUGAGCCGCACAACAAAGUCGCUAUCUUAAGUUUACGUUGCCAAUCUCUAAUCUCAUUAAAACUGUAUAAAUUGAAACGAAACUAUUGUCGAAAUAUCAUCAAUAAUUGCACAGAUUAUUUAAAAAGUGGUCGGAUGGAGAUUCUUAAUGGGAAUACACCUUCAUCUAACUCGCCAUCGAACUCGGUUUGCUCACAGGGCUCUGGUUCGAAUACACCACCCGGACGUGGUAAAGAUAUUCAUACCACAUUCAGUCACCAAAAUUUGUACUUCAAUUACUUAGCUAAUUGUCAUGAUUUAUGGGAUCAAGCGGAUCGACUUGUGCGACAAGGAAACCAUACUGAUUUUUUUAUCGCAUUGGACCGUGAAAAUGGACCUAUUACGCUGCACACCUCCAUGUAUGAUUUAUUUCGUUAUGUUCAAUCGGGUCUUAAGCAACUGAAAAGCGCGAAUACCACUACUACAACGUCUUCUACAACUAAUACAAGCGGAUGUAGCGCUAGCGGAACUACAACUGACAAUGUUCCAAUGGCUUGUGCAAAUAGUACCACCACACUCAGUAACACCACAACAAUUACUACAACCACCAUAAACAAAAACGGCAGCGCCAUGAGUUCGGUAACAUUACAACCACAGUAGUUUAAUGAAAUUGGUGAUAUAUGCCUUCAUAGAUUUAUACAUACUUGGGUAUGUGCUGUUUCGUUUAUCAUUGAAUAUCCAAAAAUUUCUUCAACGGUGCGAAAAAAUCGUAGUUGCAUUUCUUCUUCUCUAACUUAGAAUUUAGGCAUUAAAAAAUUUCUUGCUAUAUAUAUAUAUGUAUAUAUAUAGAUUUGGGACGAGUGAGUGACAGACAGAUCUUUGCUUGUCGAUCAUGAAGUUCUUUAGCAAAACAAAGUGUUACAGUUUAUAAUAAUAUUGUUUUUAUUAUUACAUUAUUAUUGCUAUUAUACCAUUAUUAAUCCAAAAAAUAUCAUUAAUAACGCUUAAUUUAAAAAAUGAAAAAUACCUGUUUUUUCUAUUUAUUUUCAAAGAACUUUUUCAACAUCAUGAUUUUUGGUUCUUCACUUUAUAAAAGUGUAUAUUUAAAAGGAAUUAAUAAAAAGUCAAAUUAAAAGAUCACAUGUUUUGUUUGCGAAAUGUAUUCAAGCAAAUGUUAUAGUAAUUAUUACUAUUACUGCUAUUUUAUUCAUAAAUUAUUUUAAUUUAUUUAUAAUACGGGCUAAAAUCGGUGUUAGGAAGUGGAAACACUAAAAUGAAAUAGUACCAACUUCGUUAAUUUUUGUUAAUAUUCAUUUUUAUCCUAAGAAGUAAAUAGUUAAAUUAUAUAUAUUUUUCCAUCACACUAUUUAGGGUCUUAAUUUUUUGUAGUUACGAUCAUCGGGAAAUAUGGACUUCAAAUGAUUAGUUUUAUGAAAUGGUUGCUGGUCCUUGGGUCGCAUGUGAUAAAUAAGAAAACUUCAAUUAAUGAAAAGUGCUCUGUCAAAUUUAAAAGAAAAAACGCUAAAAAUACUUUUCACAAGAUCUAGCUAAUGCAUACCAUAAUUACAUUGUAUUCGUAGUUUUGCUAAAAAUUUACCUAAUUUUAUUUAAUUACAAGAGAGUUCUUCUCGAAUUAAUAUGUAUUUGACAUUUACGUAUGUACACAUAUGAAAAUAUAAAAUGAUGAUUAGUAAAAAUAAAUUUAAGUAUGUUACCUACCAACGUGCCUAUGCGGCCCAGCAAUCACAAUAUUUAUUUAAAUUAGAGAAAUUCAUAAAUAUAUAAAAUGAAAUAAAAUUGCAAAAAUAAUUUACAUAUUUCAAUUAAAUUUUGUGUUUUAUUAUUAUUUGAAUGCUGCUAAAAACAAGGCCUAGGCUACGAAGGUAAUUUUUACUAACAAAUUACACUUCAUAUGCGUAAUGAAUUUCAAACAAAAUAUCGUAAAUGUAAAAUACAUUUAUAUGAAACGAAGAAAUAAAAUUGGCACAAAAACUUGCAUUUUUUAAUGAAAUUUUGUGUUUUUUAUUAUUUAAAUAAAUUGCUAUAAGGCACGGUCAAGACUUCGAAGGUAGUUUUUAAUAAAAAAUUACACUUCAUAUGCGUCAUGAAUUUCCAAAAAAAAUCGGAUUUAUUACACAUUUAUAUUCAUCUUAAUAUUUUUUUUUCAUUAUUUUCAUUAUAUUAGUGUAUACCUUGUAUCAAAUAAUUUCUUGAGCUUUAAAAAUAUAAAUAGUAGUAUUUGAUAUUAACGAGAGGAUUCGGUCACACAAAUAAAAUUAUGUUCAAAGAAACCCUAUGAACGGUUAUUUAACCAAUUCUCUGACAAACAAUGUUUGGAGAAACUUGACUUUAAUAUUUUGUUGGAUUAUUUUAAAUACUUAUAUAAACCCCACUAAAAAUUAUUUAAAUUUUGAACAUAAAAUGAGUGAAAAAGUAAUAAAUAGUUAAUGUAUUACGCAUUUCGAGACUUUGUAUUUAAUAUUACAAAGACAAAAAAAAUUGAAAUCAUAUAGAAAAAUAUUAUAUGUAUUGAUUAUAAUAAAAUAAAAUUAAAUAAUAAAGCUUAACGGAAUUAAGUUACAUUAAUAUAUUAGCUAUUUGCGUUUGGCUCCAAUAUAUGAAAGAACGCGUAACAAUAUAUUUAAAUGCAUUUAGAUGAAAUAAAAAAAGGGAAUGAACAAACUUAGAUUACUGUUGUUAUUAUUAUUUUUUUGUUUGUUAAAAAAUACUUUGUGCUUAAUACAUAUGAUUUUAUACUAAAGUAACUAUUAAUAUGCUGAUAUAAAAUAAAUAAAUCAAUAUUAUUGACAAGGGCAAAACAAGUUAUAACGUUGAAAAUAAAGUAAAGUAUGAACAGUAAAAUUUAAUAGUAACAAACGCAUCGCUAUAUAAGGAAAUACGAUACAAAAUCUGCAACAACUCAAAAUUAUAUACACAAGUUCGCAAUUAAGUAAACGAAAUGAUUAUAUUCUAAGCUCACUAAAAAAUUAUGUCCCACGUUCCUUCGACAGUCGUAAACUGAACAGACCCUGAUUUUAUCUGGGCAAGUUCUACAUUCAACUCAACAUCUACAAUUACAAUAUUCAAGAAUUAAAAAAAUAAUAAAUAUAUGGCAUGUAUUGCUAAUUUGUUUUAAUGGGGAAUUAUUUAAGGCUUAUCUUUUCUGAAAGCUGAAUACGUAUCGUGCAAGACUGAAGCCGAAAUUGAGAUUGAUAUGUAUAUUGGCUAAAAUUUAAUGAUCAUUUCAAUAUAACAAAACUUUUUAAAAGCUCCAAAAAUAAAACUGUCUUUGUCAAGUGAAAUGGGCUCAGAACACUAAAUCACAAAUUUCAUAGAAAUAUAAUAUAACAUUAGAUUAAUAAAGAGCUGUAAAUGUUAAUGAGGAAAUCGAAAGCAUGUUUCAUCUAGAGGAAAUUUAUAAAUAAUAACGCUUUAUAUUAAAAAGAGCUAUAUCCGAAAUGGUAUAGUUAGUAUCGAAAACGGAAUUGAAUAAAUAUAUAUAAUCAUGAAUUCAAUUUGUACUUUUGAAUAAAAGCUGUGCAAUGAUAAUUGAAUUUAACAGCAAUAAAGUAUAACAUAGGAUAUGAUAAAUUUAGUUUAAAAUAUUAACCGUAAUUAGUAGCAAUAUGGAAAAAUUAAUAACAUAAUUUAAGUGGAAAACGUUAGUUCUUUUUAAGCAAUUCAUUCUAAACCAAUCAUUACGAAGCAAAUGUAAGAACAACAAUUGAUGUUUAACAAAAAUAGUUUUCUAUAAAAAGUAAUUAAGAUAUUCUAAAGUGAUUAAAUACAUAUUUAUAUAUAGGUAUACUAGAAGGCGAGUCAGAACCGAAUAGGUGUAGAAUAUAAAUGCAAUGGUAAAGUUUGGAGUUAUAUAUGUUAGUAAUAAUAAUAUUAAGAAACAAAGCACCAAGUUAAUUUUCUGCAAGAAAGGUACUGAGAAGCAUUUAAAAAUAAAUGCCAAGCGUGCAAUUUGAGAAGUACUACAUUGUAACAUAACAAAUUUAUAAAUAAUAUUUGUAUCUUAGCCUUAGAAAUGAACAACAAUAUAUUUUUUGAUAUAUGAAAAUAAAAUUACAAAUGAAUAUUUAAAAAUAAAGAAUAUUCAUUAAACCACGUUUUCAGUAUGUAAUACAAAAACUUAUUUCUAUAUUUUUGAGGUUUAAAGAUCUUAAAGCUGUGGAUUAAGAGGGCAAACUAUGUGGAAUGAACUCAUACCAGGUUAGUUGUAAACCAAAAAAAAAAAAAAACGGUAAAAAUAGUAGUUAUUAAUAAGUUGUACAUGUGUGUAGAUAUUUCAUUUAUUUGUAUUUACUCACCAAAAGUAAUUGAAAUGGGAAAUAAGUUGUUAAAACCUUAAAAAUAUUAAAUAUGUAUACUUAUUGCAGUAAUUAAAUAAAAAUGAACAGCAAGUACCAAAAUAUUACUAUCUUGUAUUUUGUACAAAAAAAAACGGAAAAGUUGAAACAAAGGCAACAACAAAAUUACACUAAUAUUAUUAUAUACAAUCCUUGGAAAUAAUUGUAUCGUAUAUUAUUAAAAUUAUAAUUCUUAUAAUUACUAAAUUAUUAUAAUUUAAUUUUGUAAUGAAAAGAAAAUAUAGAAGUACUGUGAAAAAAUUUAACUCAAACAAUUAAAUACAAAUCACUUAUGACAACAACAAAAUCAAGAUUCGUUUAUUGCAGAAGUAGUUGUUUUAUUAACAAUGAACAAUACAAAAUUACGAAAUACUGAAGUAAAGAAAAUAAAAUAUGAAAGAUUAACUGAAAUUCAUAAUUUUCAAUAAAAAUAUGAUAACUUUAUUCAAAGUCUUUGAUUUUUUUAUUUGUAUAUGUAGAUGUAGAUAGAUAGUAAAGCUACGAUAUUUGUUUUAUAUAAAUAAAUUUACGAAAAUAAUGUAUGUAUGUAGAGACACAUCCAUCUAUAUGCCAAUCAAAAAAUGAUCUUCUGGAAUGCACUGUUUUCACAAACACUCAUAGUUGGUAACACAAUUUUUAAUCAGAAGGAGCGUGUAUGAAAAAGGCAGUUGGCAACACAUCAUGAAAAAUACGUUAUAUGUGCAAGGUCGCGUGAUUACCCGAAGAUUUUGCAUUUUCAAUAAAAUCGGGGAUAAAGUGAAUGCGAUAAAAUUGUGUUAAUAUCAAUAGAAUUUUGCUUUAAAAUUGUUCAGAAAAGAACGUAAUAAAUCUAUUGUAAAUAGCUGAUUUUCGUCAAAAUUUGUGGAUUAAGGUUGUUUAAUAUAUAUCACCUAAGCAUUGAAAUCGUUAAGGAUACCAAAUUUCCAAUAGUAAUAUUAAAGAAGAUUAAGCUUUGACAAUAUUAUCCAAUUUUAAACCAAUAAGUAUUCUGUUUCAAUCAAUAAUGUUUUCGGAGAACAAAGUUUAAUUGUCUGCAAUAAAAAUUGACCCAUUAAGACGAGGAUGAACUGAGGACAUAACUAUGAUAUGGAGAAAAAUGUGACCAGUAUGAUGCAGAUCCAGAAAUUUGGAUUUAUAUAACAUAAGCACAAUGUCAACGGUACAUUUCCAAGCAAAACAAAAAUAAAUGAUCAAUCACUUCCGGCUUCAUAGUUGCGUCUACCAGUAUAUCCGUUUACCGUCACGAAAAGAUAUUAGUUACUGCGGCGUUUGAAAUUAUACAUGUAUCCCAAACUUGUGCAUCAUUUGGCAACUUCUAAAUUGAGUUAAUUCAGUACGUUAAAAAAUGAAAGAAGAUUAAAAAAUUGACACCAUAGUGCUUUUGAUGUUUGAAAAAUCCGAUUUGAAGUAAAUCUUAUUGAAGUAAUUGUAUUCCCUUAAAAAUGAGUAGGAACUAUGAAUGGAGACCACGGUAAGUGCUGCACUCUUGCUUCAAUAAAUGGUGUCAACAAACAAAUUGUUAAUAUACAUAAGAAACAAACCAUCAGUAUUAUUGUUGAGGAACUAACUGAAACCAAAUAAAAGAAAUUUAUAUUAUUGAAGACUUCAUAUUCAAUUAUAUCAAUAUUAAACUUUUAAUUUAAAAGCUUUUGAACACUGAAAGUCAUUAUUUGUUAUAUUAUAUCCUCUUCGUUUUUGCGCCUUUUGCUUCUUUUGGUCGAAACAAAUACCACGGAUUUGCCAUAUUUAUUGUCGCUAAAUGAUGACUACCAGCUCUAACAGCAACAAUAUGGUUGAGAG